AUGUCCAAUCGAGUUGUACGCGUUGCUGUCGUUUUCCUGGGCCUAGUGGUUGUCCCUGCGAUUGCCGUGACAGUCCGUAGCGCUUGCUCGCCGCUCGUGGCGUACGCGGCCUUGAACGUAACGCUUAACGAGUUGCUAUUUCACAUGUUUGAACCUACUCCUAUCGAGGUGAAGCUCACAAACAUAGUCGGCAAUAAACCGUGGGUGGAGGAGUUCAUCGACAAGGCCGAAGAACACGAGCGCUUUGGGGACGACACACUGUACCGACGCACCACUGGCUUCAAAGGAGAGCUGGCCUUUAACGUCACAAUAUACAACGACAGCCCGCCAAAUGUUUUAAUCAUUGGAGUGGAAUCUUUCCGGUACCGAGACUCGCGGUACCUCGUGGGAGAGGAAGACCCGUCAAACUUGUUCAAAGGCACAAAUUUGACAAUAACGCCGAAUUUCGACCGAUGGGCGAAGCGAGGCGUCGCCAUGCGCAAUAUUUGGUCCAGUAUCCCGACGAGUCGGUCUCUGGAAAGUCUGUUAUUUGCGCAAGUUCCCUACCACAGACUGCCCCAACUGUUCUCUCGGAAAGGCUACGAGACUUAUUUCACGACGGGAUCGACUUUAUAUUUCGAUGCGUGGGACGUCUUCCUCCCGUCGCAUGGCUACGAUAACGUGUGGGACGCGUACACAAUGAUGAAAAUUGCGGAAAAGAAACUAAAUAUCACGAGAACAGAAUUGUUCGGUGACGAACGACGAGGUUUGGUCUGGGGAGUCCACGACGACCUCAGUUUUGAUUUUUUAGGAGAUUUGUUACUGGAAAAGAGGCAACAGCAGAUGGAUCGAGAGGUCCAGGGAGAGCCAAAGAAGCCCACGUUCGUCACCCACUAUACCAUUUCGAGUCAUGAGCCGUACAAAUCCUGGCCCAAGUGGUACGAAGAGGCCGAAAAACCAGAUUUUUCAGCCAUGUACGAGGGCGAAUUACACGCAGAUAGGGUCAAAAACUAUACGACAGUGAGAUAUUUUACAGAUAUGGAGCUGGGCAAGUUCAUGGAUCGCAUGGAGAAGGAGGGAAUCCUCAACGAUACGGUCGUUGUCAUCUUGGGGGACCAUGGCCAAGCGCCAGAAAUUGACAAGUUUAACGAGCACGAGGAAGCUGUGACGCGUGUGGCUGCCGCGAUCAUUGCCGAAGGUCGACUAGGCGAUGCUGUGGGGCUUGUACUCGACGACGCAGCAGAGCAGUACGAUAUUCUAAAUACUCUCGCGGACAUUACUGGCUUGCCGAUGGGAGGAUUCCCGCAGACUGGCGUUGGACGUUCGCUGAAGCGGAAAAUUCCGUUUGGAGAGCGUGUGGUCUUCAGUAAUGACCCGCUGCGGAAAAUGGCAAUUGUGCGUGGAUAUGAGCGUCUUCGUUAUGAUCUGGUGACGGACUCGAUGAUGCUGCACGACACUGAAGUGGACUUCCACAUGACCAGGGACCUGCUACCUUCUCUCAAGCCGGAAGAACGUGCCGAGUGGGAAACGUUGCGAGAGGAUGGCCGCCGCAUUGCUGCAUACUACAAGAAGAGAUGGGACGAGAAGUGUUUACUUGCUGUCAAGUGCAAGACCUAA